AUGUCGUUUGAGGAUGACGACAAGCCCAAAGUGCGGGUGCACACCCGCAGCAUUGAGCAAGUCCUCUCACCCAUCGCGGAUCAGGUUUCUCAACUGAUUAUUUUUGAUGAAAAAGCUCGCCAGAAUGGCGAGCCCAUUCCAGACCUCACCCACGAUGCUGAGGCCAUUGGCAUGGCGAUUCAAAACCUCGUCAAGGUUGGCCGUGAGGCCAUGCUGCAGGGCGAUGAACAGCUCCAGAGCCGCAUGCCCGCCGCCUGCGAACAGGUUCGGAAGAUUGUGAAUUUGGGCGAGGCCAUCAUCGAGCUGCUGGCCGUGGCCAAACAAAUUUCCACGCUUGAGGAGCUUGUCGUUGUCAUGCGCUCCAUCAAGGAAUCCCUCAUUGCCCUUGCUCGGCUAGCCGAGGCCCGCCACUCGGAUUUGAUCAACGCCUCCCUUCGCCGUCGUCUUCUGGUGGCAAAUGAAACGCUCCGCAAAGGCAGCCCUUUGCUCAUCAGCGCGCUUCACACAUACCUCCAGAACAAGCACAAUGAGCAGGCGGCCUCCAGUCGUGAUUAUGCAGUCGAUCAAAUGCUCAACGCGACGCAUGAGAUUAUCGUUGCCGUGAGCAGCACCGAGCUGGAUGAGGCUGGUUACGCAGAUACGCCCGGUGAAUUUUAUUCCGCCUACGAAGAUGCUCAGCACCAGCUCUUGUCGGCUGCCAUCAGCCUCGACAUUGAUGCCUUGGAACAUCACAUCGAUAGCAUGUCCCACUUUGCCACCAUGGCGGCACAUGAUGCGCAUCGCCCUGAGCAAGAGGAAACUGUGUUGAAAAACAUCGAGUCGGUCCGCACCACUCUUCAGAGUCUGACUGAGGCGGGCGAAGGGCCUGAGCUUGAAUUGGUGGCUGAUGCCAUGAUCAAGCGUCUGGCCAACUUGAACCAAUCAGUCCAAACAUGCGUCGCCUACUCUUUGACGGAGGCCCAAGUGCAAGGCGCGAGCAUGAGCGCACCACUGCACAAACUCAUUCGUGCCGCCUCGGACGAAGCCAUCCCUGGCCUCACCAUCAACGAGCAUGCGGCCGAGUUUGAGGAUUUUGCCGGCAUGCUGGUCAAGGCCUCGAAACAAGUGGCAUCCAUGUCCAAGGACGCGCGUCGCGUGAAACUGGUCGAGGUCAACAGCGAGCAACUCCAAUCCGUCACGAUGCAGUUGGUCAAUGCCGCGCGCCUCUGCAAGGAAGAGAACUCGGCAUCGGCUGCCGAGCACCUGGCCCUGUUGCGCGACACCUGGUCCUACCGUGCGGACGUGCUGUCCGCCACGACCGCCGGCAUGGCUGAUCCCGAACAAGUCAUCAUGGUGGCUGGCGAUGGCCUGCAGAACGAUCUAGAGGCCGUGCGCCAGCCCGAGGCCGGGCAUCAGCCCGAGCUCGUGCGCUCCAAGGCUGGAUUGGUGGAGGCGCGCGUGAACCACCUGCUUUCUGUGGCGGAUGGCGAGGUGGAGAAUUCGGAAGAUCGCAGCUAUCAGCAACCCAUCGAGCAGGCUGCCAGCCACUUGCGCACGGCCCUGCCCAAGUAUUUGUCGGCGGUGGAAAAGGCCAGCCAGCAGCCCGACGACCAGGCCGUGCAGGCUGAAGUGAAGAUGACCUCUGUUCAGCUCAAGCAAGGCGUGCAGCAGUUGCGCUACGCCAUCCGUGGCGAGCCCGUGCCUCUGGAUGCCGAGGGCGAGGACGGCGAACCAGACCUGUCAUUUGCGCAGAGCAACAAGCGCCCAUCUCUGAUGGAGCAAAGCUCGCAGACUUCACUGCUUUCACCGAGCCGCAGCGUGGCCUCUGAUGACGAGGCUUCGGACGACGAACACACGACAGCAGCGACCGGUGCCUCGGAGGCAACCGCUGCUGGUCGUCAGUCACCGCCUCGGGCCUCAUCGACCACCGUCAGCCCGCACAAGUUGCUUCUGGACGCCAGCCAGCCACCGACGGGUCCCAUUGCCAAGGCCGCGCAGUCUCUGAAGAAGGAGGCCAGCCAAUGGUCUGCCAAGCGUAACCCCAUGGUCUCGACCGCCAGUGAGAUGGCCGAUGCCAUGUCUGCCAUGGCUCUCUUGGCCAAUGAUUCAUCGCGUCGCCGUGACGUGGGAGAUGAAGUGGGCAAUUUGGCGGAGAUGAUUGGCACGGCCAAGGUAUUGUCCUUUGUGAAGGAGGCGGCCGCUUGGAAUUUGCCUGAAAUUGCGGAGAGGGCCAAGGACAUCCGCCGGCAGGCGCUGGAGAUUGCGGAGCAGUGCUCGGACAAGCGCCUCAAAGCCGACCUCUUGUAUCUGUGCGAUCGGUUGCCGACCAUUUCUACGCAGCUGAAAAUCAUUGCGUCGGUCAAGGCCGCCUCGGCCAACGCCUCGGGCUCCUCCGAAGCCGAUGCCAUGCUGGUCAAGAACGCACAAAACUUGAUGGAAACAGUGCAGCGCACGGUUCGCGCUGCCGAAGCGGCCUCGCUCAAGUCCUUUGGUGCCGUGGCGGAUACGGCGGCUGCGCUCAUCAAAUGGAAGCGCAAGGCGCAACGCUUUCUGCCCAACUGA